UCACUUACCCAUAAAUAUCCAGACUUCUAUCAGAUUGUGUAGUUGCAGUCCGAUCAGUCUGCCUGUGGAUCAAAAUGUCCCUGAAGAUCCUGUCCAUCAUCGUCCUCCUGUUCAUGGGGUCCCUUGUGUCCUCUGCAACCAGCCAGGAGAACCGCUGUAAGUACAAAGUUAGAAAUGAUGUGUAUAAAGCUCAUUUCUCACUCCAGUCCAACAGAUUUUUAUUUCUGUUUUUAAAUUCUUUUUUGCCUGCCUCUCUGCAGAUUUGUAGUUUUCAAUCUUAUAAAUCGCCUUUAGAAACUCAUUUUUACAGACUUAUUUUAUGUGAAUAUACUUUUUUUCAAACACUUUUCCAUUUUAACUUGAUUAACUUAUUAGUAACACUUAAUAUUGAGCAAUAAUUAAAUAAGCUACUUACAGAACCUAAUAAGAUGCUUGUGAACAUUACUAAUGAUCAAUAGUUUUAACAAAGUUUAAUUGACACAUUUAUCAGACUCUCAAUAGAAACAUGUUUACAUACCUGUCUAAAACAUCAAUUAGGUGUUUAUUAACAUAAUAAGAUUUUACAAAAAAAUAACUUCAAAUAUCAUACACUUGUAACAAUUUUUUUUUGGAGUUCAUUGCCAAUAAAAGCAUAAAGACAGCUUUAAAAAGUAAUUAGAUGCUUGUUUACAUUCAUAUAACAAUUUGACUCUUUAUUAAAAAUUCUUUUAUAUCAAUAUGUUUCUGAUUCCCUCCUUUACUGUCCUUGUUUGUUUAUGCACUCAUUUACAGUAUUUCUUUAUUCAUUGGUUUGUUUAUUUGCAUCUUACUAAUCAUCCAUUUUUUUGUAUUCUGUUUUUUCUUGUUUCUUAAAAAGGUGCUAUAUGAAUAAACGUAUCAUUUGGAGGCAUUUUCUCAAGACUUCUGAUGACACCUGAUGUAACACAAGAAUGUAUUCCCUUUUCAAAAGAACUUACUCCCCAGCUGAAGUUCAUAAAAAGGAGGAAAAACUAAAAAUCUUAAUUUACAUCAGAAGAAAAUGUAUAAAAGGAUUGUAUAUAUAAAUUUCCUUGUUUCCCUCCUCGGUGUGUCUGUGUGUGUUUAUCAGAUGAAAGGUCUUCAUCGAUGGGCUGCUGUUAUGAAGCCGGCCCUUACAUACCAGAAAGAAUCAUCGAGUGCAUCAGACAGACACCCACAAGGCAGUGCAACUCCAAUAACUAUGUGUAAGUAGAGCAUGCUUUGAACAUGUUUCAGUGCCAAUCAUUUGUUCUGUUUAAACCAUUGAAACAAGGCCAGUUGAUCAAGGGACAUUGCUAAUAACCCGAUUUAGAACAAUAAUAAGUUUCAGAGGGGAAUACUUUUGUUCAGGUUAAAUAUGCAGUUUAAACUUUGGAACCUAUUGAUAGAAGAAGACUGAUCAUUCUGAAAUUGGCAUCAGUUUAAUGAGGUAAUGAAAAAAAUGAAUAUUUUCAUCGUUUUCUUCUGUUUCCAGGGUCAAAACUGAGUCAGGCAAAUGGUACUGUAUUCAAUCUGACUCAAAAUGGAUGGGACAACAAAUAAAGACGGUGAGAAUCAGUCCAUCAGCUUCUUCUGUUGCGACCUUUGCCAUUCUAUAAAAAAAUAUUAAUUGAGCGAUCCUUCAGUGCUAAAAGUCGUUCAUGUUUGGUAUGUUCAGUUAAAGGACAAUUACACUAAUCAUCUUAAUAUAAAACCUACAAAGUGAGUCUUUGUUACCUAAGAGAUAAAAUAAUGUCUGAAUAACUCAUGCCGCCCCAAUAAUCGCAACAGAUUGUAUAAAGCCUAAAAGCUCCAGCUCUGUGUUAUCUGAAGACUUGAAAAUUAAAAUUGUAAUACACAUGAAUAAAAUCCUCUAAAACAUGCAUCCUGUCACUACAGAUGCUGGUGACACUGUCAAACUAAAUAAAUAACAUUUUCUUAUUCCUGUCUCCUCCACAGGGAGCAGUCGUCUGCACACCAGAUAUCUAAUACAAAAAACGGAAAAGUGCUGUGGAGCAACAAAAGGAUGAAGCUGCUGAGGACUGCUCUGCUGAUGAAACCCUCGCAGCUUUGAAUGCUCUAUCUGUUAUAUUUCCUUUCAAAUGCAGUUCUUCUACAUACUUUUCUGCAGCUUUUGGCAACUUAACUGCAGCAGUACAGUGUUAGUCUGUCUGCUGAUACAAAAUACUUCCACUCCUGUGUUUGCAACAUGUCUUUUCUGACUAAAUAAUAAACUAAAUACAUCUGAGUCUUGCCUGAGCUUCAUCUGACGGCAUCAAUCUGCUGUGAGAGGACAGACGUGACACCAAGGACUCCAAUUUAGCAGGUAGAAUCCCCCAAAGUGAGUCAGAGGCAUAGACUGUAUAUACUAUGGACAACCUGGUUCCGCCUUCUGCCUGUAUACGCAUUUGAAGCCAAAAAGCUCUUAGUAAUUCCGGGUUUUUCUCCACUUCCUCGAAACCAGAGCUGCGCAGUAGCGAUGCGCGCAUUCGGCUGCGCAGUCGCCGAGAGUCCCUGUGAUGACACUCAGCUCAAACAGCGUAUCCCCCGGGUAAGCUCCGCAAUCCUUGAACGCCCAUAGGCUGUACCAGGUGUCAAUCAUAGAAAACAUGAACCCCUUAAUAACUUUUAAAAACGGAGCUGAACAGAAAAAAAAAGGACUUGGGCACAAACCAGUCUUACAAUAACUACAUGUCAACAUCACAAGCAG